AGAGAGAGAGAGAGAGCGCACGAUUUAUUGUUAAUGUUUCCCCUCCCCCACACACAAACCUGUCUGUCUUGUUACACAGAGAGUUUGUCAGCUCCGUCAACAAGAAACCAUCGGUCCACUCCGUCCUCACUGAGACUCCGGCGGCCGCCUCCCGUGUCGUCCGGGUCCUCUCCGGAUCGGCCCCGGAUGGUAUUCAUCAAAGCGAUCCGAGACACCCCGAUACAUGCAUGGAGCGGGUUUGCCCACAGGGUCGGCAGUGAGUGGACGCAGGGAGCUCAAAUCUCUGCAGCCACCGAUCGCAUUGUAUCGCAUCGCAUUCCAUUGCAGCGCAAAUCACGAUGCGCCAGUCGCCUAACAUUAUUGUGACAGGCACGCCCGGUGUUGGCAAGACCACGCACUGUGAGGGCCUAGCAGAACGGACGGGGCUGCGUCACUUGUCUGUGAACCAGGUGGUCAAGGACAAGGAGUGCCACGAGGGAUGGAGCGAUGAGUUCCACAGCUGGAUUGUUGACGAGGACAAGCUCCUAGACGCCAUCGAGGACGAAGUAAAGGCUGGCGGUUGCAUUAUCGACUGGCACGCUUGUGAUUUGUUCCCCCGCAGCUGGAUCGAUCUGGUCGUGGUCCUCCGAGUCGACUCGACAACUCUCUAUGACCGACUGACGGCGAGAAAUUAUCCCGAGUCCAAGCUGCAGGAGAACCUCGACUCUGAGAUUAUGGAAGUGCUUCUACAGGAGGCGCGUGACGCCUUUGACAGCGAGAUUGUCAUUGAGCUGACGAGCAACGAGGCCGACGAGAUGGAAUCCAACGUUGAACGCAUCGAGGGAUGGGUCAAGCAAUGGAAGCAGGACAAUCAAUGAGAUAAAAUAAUAAGAAACACAGGAUACAUAGAGAAAAGUGCAUUUCACGCCCAUCCUCCAUUGGUGCAAACCAUCAGGUGGAUAUAUAGUUAUUUCCUGUCUACCUCGUAGAUGAGACAGGAUGAAUUUACGAUUUACCACACA